ACCUUCUCACUUGUUGUUUCAACAUAAAGCUCGUUACCAUGCCAACAUCUCUUCAAGGACUAGCCUCUGAAAUCCAUGGUGGUCAGAAAAGCUCUUUAAAAGGUCCUUCGAUAUCAGUCAACAGUCUGACUUUUUUUCUGAGAGUCUGCUGCAUUCGACUAAUUUUCUUAUGUGCAGCACUUUGAAACUAUUAGCCUGUCUCACUUUUUCAUUUCUGUUCUCUACGUUGCCCACUGAAAUGAAUGUCACAUACAUCACUCUUGAUGGUCAUGUAGAGGUUGAAAAAUACAGAUAUGUCUACUUUGUUCUCAUGUUUACAGGUUAUGUUUUGAUCCUGUCCAGCAACUCCACAGUGUUUUGUCUGAUUGUGAUCCACAGAAACCUCCAUGAGCCCAUGUACGUUUUCAUCGCUGCUCUGCUGAUGAACUCCAUGCUCUUCAGCACCGUGGUCUACCCAAAGCUUUUGAUCGACUUCUUAUCUGAAAAGCAGAUCAUAACGUUCCCGCUCUGUCUCUUCCAGGGUUUUUUAUUCUAUUCAUUAAGCGUCUCUGAAUUCUUGCUGCUGGCCGCCAUGUCUUAUGACAGAUAUGUGUCCAUAUGUAAGCCUCUGCAAUAUCCAACCAUUAUGAGAAAAACAAAAGUGACAGUUUUCCUCGUUUUAUCUUGGCUUUUGCCCGCCUGCCAUAUUGUUGUGCCAGCCGUUGGAUUUGCUCACUUAAAACUGUGCAGCUUUACUUUGAAAGGCAUUUACUGCAACACCUCAGUGAAUUAUAACUUCUGUGUGAUUUCAAGAGCGCUGUAUGUUUACGGCCUGGUGGUUCUGUUCAACCUCAGCCUUCUUCCAAUGGUUUUCAUACUGUUCACUUACACAAUGAUUAUCAUAGUGGCCUGUAGGAGCGGUGGGGACGUGAGGAGAAAAGCUGCACAGACGUGUUUACCUCACCUGCUGGUUUUAUUAAACUAUUCCUGUUUGCUUACUUACGAUGUGAUCAUUGUCAGACUGAAGUCCGACAUUUCAAAGACUGUAAGUUUCGUGAUGACGCUACAAAUAAUAAUGUACAGUCCUCUCUUUAACCCCAUCAUAUAUGGACUGAAAAUGAAAGAAAUUUACAAACACCUGAAGCGGUUGUUCUGUCACGCCAGAGGAAAAUAAUAGCGUCUUUAAGCUUUCAUUAUUUUUGCCUUUCGAUGGAAAGCUUCAGUUUUUACUCCCACAUUGUCUGACUGAUAGUCUGUCUUUUUUAAAUCUGUACUCUGAGUGCCAGUGUUUCUCUGAUUCAUCGGA